GACGUAGCAACAAUGCUGCGUGCCACAUGCGAAAUUGCACUAAAAUUAACAACAAGGAAAUACUUAACAAAAAGCAUUAAAAUGUCUGCGCUUCAAAAAAUCGUUGAAAAUAAUGAACGGGCACAAAGCCUUAUUGAGUCCUUACAAGGAGAGAUGACGGCGCUACAAAACGAACUAAUAGAGCGUAAGAAAAAGGAAUUGACUGAGGAAAACGCUGCAUUGGCCAAGGAGGUGGAAGAGGCCUUGGCACAACUAAGGAGCCUUGAGAUACGCAAUGGCAGGAAACAAAUUCCAGUGCCUGGGAGCCGUGGAAUGUGCACCAAAGCUGCCAAUGAAACAGAGGCAUCGUCUGCAAGUGUCACAACAACGACACCGGCUGUAAAUACGGCAGCGCCAAAAGAGAAGAAAGUAAAGGAAAAGAAACCCGCCGCUGAAAAGCCAAGUGCUGUUCCAGAAGCUCCAGUUGAUGUCGGACGCUUGGAUAUGCGUGUAGGUAGAAUCAUUGAGGUCGGACGUCAUCCAGAUGCUGAUAGCUUGUAUCUGGAGAAGAUUGAUUGUGGAGAACCAGCACCACGGACUGUCGUAUCCGGACUGGUUAAAUUUGUGCCAAUUGAGGAAAUGCAAAAUCGUUUGGUGGUUGUCUUGUGCAAUCUUAAGCCAGCGAAAAUGCGUGGUGUUGUCUCUGAGGCUAUGGUUAUGUGUGCAUCCACUGCCGAUAAGGUUGAAGUUUUAAGUCCACCAGCUGGCGCUAUUCCCGGAGAUUUGGUGCAUUGCGAGGGCUAUGAACGCCAGCCAGAUGCUCAGUUGAAUCCCAAGAAAAAAGUCUUCGAAACAUGUGCUCCCGAUCUUAUGACCAAUGCCGAACUGGUCGCUUGCUAUAAGGGAUCCCCGCUGCACAUCCCUGGCAAAGGCAAACUCCUGGCGCAAACUUUGAAGAAUGUUCAAGUUAAAUAAAGCAUUAUGCCCAUACAUAUGUACAUCAUAUACUCGAACUCAGAAUAAAAUGUCUCAUUCUUUGGUCAACUUUAGUUGCA